CAGUCUGUACACACAAACGAUCAAUGGAAAGUUACAGCCUCAAACUACAGAAUAAACAGAUCAGCCAGGUUUAACGCUGAAAAACAGUGUUAACUAACCAGGUAACUGAGAAAGUCAACACUAAACGGCAUGGUUUACAGUCUGAAUGACUGACCGCUCUGCUGCUGCUCCAGCUGGUUAGCGGUGUGACACCGUUCUCGGCAGAUUCUCCUGUGGAUAAACAUUUUCCUAGAAGGGAUGUUAGCAUGAUGCAGCUGGAGGCCCCGCUGCGGCUCUGUCACAACUGUCUUUUGUACUUUAAGUUCUCUCAGCGCCUCCUGUCACUUUCCGCUACACACAGGUCGCCUGCAAGUUACUACGACGUUCUAGGGGUUAAACCUGAUGCUUCAGUGGAUGAAAUAAAGAAUGCAUUUUUUGACAAGUCCAGAAAGCUUCACCCUGACAGUGACCCGUCGAACCCGGGCCUCCAUAGUCAGUUUGUUAAGCUGAAUGAAGCUUAUCGGGUGUUGAGUAAAGAGGGCACUAGGAAGGAGUAUGACCUCCAAAUGAGAUAUCACAAUUUUGACCAGAGUUUUAGACCCUCCUCCAGAUACGCAUAUGACCCCAGUGCUGCUGAGACGACCGAGAAUGUGCGAUACUGGGAGCAGUUUCGGAAUGCUCAGGACUAUUCUGAGGAAGAUUUGCAGAAGAAGAGGAAGAAGAAUCUGCGGCUGGUGGGCUACUGCAUCGUCGCCAUGCUUCUGAGUAUCGGCGCUCAUUACUUUGGAUUCAGAAAGCUUGAGGUACUACAUAAUGACUUCAUGGACAAAAAAGAUAGUGUCAUCACUAAAAUCUAUAACGAGUCCAAGGAAAGAGCCAGGGUGAACGGAUUUAAGAAGCAACAGGAGAUCCUGAGACAGAAACACGCAGAAUUUCUGGAGAGAUACAACAUCCGUCAAAACGGCAAGGAGAAGUAGAAUUAUCAUACAGACAUCAUGAGUCCUGCACAUGGAAGCCGUAGGGAAUGGACUGAAGAUGCUUCUAGGUUGAAAGCAAAUAAUAAUUGUAAUAAUAAUAAUGAUCUGCGUCAGAUGUUUAUGAAUACAUCCAGAAAACUGAUCUAUAAUUAAUUAUAAAACAUUCAGAUGGCUUGAUGAGGUGUCUUUUAAUUCAUUGUUUUGGACUGUUGUAUAUGGUAUAUAGUUUUGUCAGGUAUGGGCUGCAAAUAAUGGUCAGUAUAGAAACAGGGCUACAAAUACCACAACCUCUUAUACUAUAUGACAUAUAGAAUAUACAGACACCUGUAUGUCCACAGCAUGCCUGGAUUUCCUGGACGGGAUUUUAACUGCACCUGGCUACGGUGUUAUGGAAAAUAAAUGUCAAAUCACUGUACACAACACGUGUGUGUGGUAUUUUACUGCCUAAGCUAGAUUAAAGGACUAAUAAAAGGUGCCAGUACUUGCGACAAUAUUACAGUAUUAAGCAGUCCAUCGUUUCUGAAUCAGUAUUUAUCAAAGAAGGGACUUUUAGUGAUGGUCUGGCUUUGUUGCAGAACUGAAAAUAAAUGCCUUUCCUCCUAAAUUGUUUAUGUAAAUUGUUCAAACUAACGGUUGAAUAUUUUUGGGGGGUGCUUUAUUCUGAUUGGUGCAUUUGGCAUCUGUUUUGCCCUUGUUAUGUACAUGACAUCUCCAGUCAUAGUAUAACUAUAGACUAUAUAACUAUGUUCUCUGUAAUGCUGUCUUCAGCAGCUGUAUAAAAUAACAAGGAGACUGUCAUCUCCAGCUGUUUCGCACUGUUCACCAUUAGGAGGAAUUGUGUGAAAUCAGUGGAGUCUUGCGUGAAUCCAUUAGCUCACUGGGGUUUGACUGUUGCUGCAAGUGGCGUAAUGUUUCUCUGGGACAUUUUUUGUUUGCAAUUAUUUUAUUAUAUCAAUUAUUAUAAUUAAAUAUUAUACUGAUAUUAAA